AUGUCUCUUACCUAUGGAACGGGCGGUGCGACUGCCGCCCUUGGUGUGGUGGGCUUGUACAUGCUCUUCAACAACGAAGGAGAGGCCUUCAACGUCGGAGCUUUCCUCGAAAGCGUUUCGCCAUACACAUUUGCUAGUGUCGGAAUUGCGCUAUGCAUUGGUCUCUCUGUCGUAGGCUCGGCAUGGGGAAUCUGGACAACCGGUGUGUCCAUCGUGGGUGGAGGUGUCAAGGCGCCGCGGAUACGAACCAAGAACUUGAUCUCCAUCAUCUUCUGCGAAGUCGUCGCCAUUUACGGUGUCAUCAUGGCCAUCAUCUUCUCCUCCAAGAUGAACCAGCUCUCCGACCCUGAGCUGCUCUACUCCGGCUCCAACUACUUCACUGGAUACGCGUUGUUCUGGGCCGGAAUCACUGUGGGCAUGUGCAACCUCAUCUGCGGUGUAUGCGUAGGCAUCAACGGAAGUAGCGCUGCGCUGGCUGAUGCUGCCGACCCUGCAAUGUUCGUCAAGAUUCUUACCAUUGAGAUUUUCGCUGCCAUUCUCGGACUGUUUGGUCUGAUCAUUGGGCUGCUCAUGCAGAGCAAUGCCAAGGACUUCCAGUGA